AUGGCGUGCACCAUGUGUGGCGCACUUUUGCUCCUUGGCCUCGUCCUGAUCCUGACGCCGCUGCUGUGUGGGUGCACCGGCGGCGGGUUCAGCGUGGAGCUCACCCACCGGGACUCCCCCGGGUCGCCGUUCCACGACGCGUCGCUCACCCCGCAGGCCCGCUGGCUUGCCGCCGUGUGGCGCUCGUACGCCGGCUCAGGUUCAGACUCUCCUGACCCUGACGGCGCGGUGUCGGAGGUGGUGUCAGGCUCGUUCGAGUACUUCAUGCACGUCAACAUCGGCUCGCCGCGCACCCGGAUGCUCGCCCUCGUCGACUCCGGCAGCGACCUCGUGUGGCUCAGGUGCACCAACGGUUCUGCUUCUCCGGCAUCGCCACCGCCGGCAGAAGCCGGCGGACGGAGCAGCGUGUUCGACCUCUCCUCGUCGUCGACCUACGGCCGCGUGGGCUGCCAGUCCGACCCGUGCCGCUCGGUCCCCGGCACCUCCUGCGACGCCGCCUCCUUCUGCCAGUACACCUACUCGUACCUCGACGGCUCCAGCAGCAGCGGCCUCGUGGCCACCGAGACCUUCACCUUCGACGACGCUCCCGGCGGCUGCACGGGGUGCCGCGAGCGCCCGCAGCUGCAGGUGCCCAGAGUCACCUUCGGCUGCGCCACCACCGUCCACUUCGCCGGCAACGGCAUUGUCGGCCUCGCCGACGCGGAAUCCUCCCUCAUCAACCAGAUCGGCGCCGCGACGUCGCUCGGCCGGAGGUUCUCCUACUGCCUGGCGCCCUUCUUCAGCGACGUGUCCUCCGCGCUCAACUUCGGCGCCCGCGCCGCCGUGACGGAGCCGGACGCGGUCACCACGCCGAUGGUGCAGCACUCCUCCGCCGUGGGGGCCUACUACACCGUCGAGAUCGUGGCCCUCAGGGUCGGGAACACGACCGUCAAGCUGCCGAGCCGGUCCCCGGUCAUCGUCGACUCCGGGACGGUGCUGACGUACCUCGACAAGGAGCUGCUGGACCCCAUCGUGGAGGCGCUCGCCCGGAGCAUCAAGCUCCCUCGCAAGCAGUCGCCGAAGCCGGAGUUGUUCUCGCUGUGCUACGAGGCGGGCGGUCUGGAGGUGCUGGACAAGGUGUUCCCGGGCGUUACGUUGGAGCUGGGCGGGGGCGCCUUGGUGACGCUCAAGGCGGAGAACGUGUUCGUGGACCUUCUGCUGCGGACCGUGUGCUUGGCCAUGGCGCCGGUGACGCCUGAGCGGCCGGUGGCGGCGAUCGGCAACAUCAUGCAGCAGAACAUGCACGUCGGCUACGACCUGGACAAGCGCACCAUCACCUUCGCCCCUGCCGACUGCGCAAAAUCUUACCCCUCCCCUCCCGCCUUUGUGUAGGCAGCCAAAGCUAAUCGCCGGGCAGUAAUAAUGACGACGUUAGGGUCACUAAUAAUCACCGAUGUUGAACGACAGCUACCUACCACGAGUGUCUAUUGGACAUUUUCUUUUUCUUUUUUUGAAGGCGUCUAUUGGACAUUUUC